CAAACACCAAGCGGCCCUUAAAGGCGCAUGUUUACGUAAACAAAUCAGGCAGUGGAACGAUAUCAAGCAAACGAGUAGCAUCGCUAUUAUUUUCGAGAAUUUUUGAGCUACUUUUUGAGUGAAUAUAAGUCGAUAAUCAUCAGCCAUGGGUGGUAGCAAUGAGUCCAAAGUUGUUUCGGCUCCGUCUUCAGCCGAUGAGAUUUCCUCAGGAAUGAUCAAAAACAAGUCUUUCUCCUUCUGGAAAUUCUUCAAGAACCGUCGCAACAAGAAUCGGGCGGCCCCUGCCCUGCCCGAGGACCAGCCUAUCAUCGUGGCUCGCCCCAAGACCCGUUCCGGCGGCAUCGCCUACGAGUACUUCGUCCACGAGAAGUUCGGGUUCCUGAAGAAGCCACCAGCCCGCCUGCAGAAGCUGAUGGAGGCUAAGAAACUGAGAGAGGCCCGAGGUGAUGCCAAGCUAAGAGAGGAGAUAGAGAACCGCAUGAACUUGGCCGAAGAACGCCGCAGGAAUGUGAUUGACAAGGUCCGCAGGCAGCAGACCCGGCACUUGGUGGUGGACAUUGGGAGAGCCCGUUACAACUUGGCCGCUCUGAAGGAGGAAAAGAUCCAAAUGACAGCAGAGCGCCUCCACCAAAAAGAGAUGAUGUCCCAGAUUGUUCAAGAUCGGGCGAUCAUCCACCGAGGCUUUCGCAAAAUGCAGCGGAAACAGCGCCGCGCCGACGUGCGCCUGUGCGCUGCCCUGAAGAACCUGGCCCUGAGAGAAGAGGAGGUGGACCAGGCACGGAAAGUCAUUGUGGCAUCACCGAUGAGAGGCGUGGAACCAGACCAGAUCGAGGAGGAGGAAUUGGGGGAAGAGUGCAUAGAGCUGUGACUGAACAAACAACAAAAAGAGAAAAAAAUGGGGGGAUGCCAAUUUUAAUAGGAUUCACAAUUAUGUAAAUAACAUCAAAAUGGGGAUAACAAUUUUAAUAGAAUUCACAAUAUUGUAAACAGCAACAAAAAGUGGGGGAUUGCAAUUGCAGGAUUUUUAAUUAUGAAAACAACGACAAAUUGGGGUUAUACUAUUUGACGUCACAGCUUACAGUAUCGAGGGUUGAUUCAAAGAUUGAAAGCAAGUUUAAUAAAUCAGGGGUUGAUUUAUAUUCAAAUUCAAUAUGACAAGAUGGGAAGGGUUAAUCAAUUACAUUGGAAAUCUGGAAAACAUAAUUUUAGGGCCAUGACAUUGAGGAGGGCUGAAUAAUAUUUUUGCAAUAUUGAAGAAAAUUUAGCCAUUCAAUUGGUCAUUUAGUUAGUAAAUGAAGAAGUCAGUCGGUAGCUCCG